AAUGAAUAGUGUAUGCCGGUAAAAAGUUCUUACAAUGCUAAAAUCCGCAAUUGCUUUGCUAUGUGGGCUUCUUGCUUUAAAUUUGUGUGGAGCUUGGGCAGAAUCUAUGAGUAGUCCUUUGAAGGACCCGCCUAGCCAGUGCGGAGGAUACUGUCUUGGUGUACUCAUGCCCGUGUUAAAUCACCUGAACAUUCCCCACAAUCUGGCGAAUUCAAGCAAGGCUAACGAGGUCCUGUUGAGACAGUACACUAUGGAAGGCCAACUGACUGCUCUGGAGGAUAAGCAACUAAGCACUGAAGUCGCACUGGAUGCCCAGGGCAGAAAACUGGAUAUUAUUAACGAACAGAACUUUACUGACCGACUGAAUGGCUUGGAAAGCAUACUGUCGGCAAUGAAGGAAACAGUCAUGGAACUGACUGCUCUGAAGGAUAAGCAACUAAGCACUGAAGUCGCACUGGAUGCCCAGGGCAGAAAACUGGAUAUUAUUAACGAACAGAACUUUACUGACCGACUGAAUGGCUUGGAAAGCAUACUGUCGGCAAUGAAGGAAACAGUCAUGGAACUAGAAACCAAAAUGAAAUACAUCAGAUUUGAGCAAAUCGGCUCAAAGUACUAUUACAUAGAGAAAGUAUCCGAGAAGAAGUGGUCCGAUGCUUCAAAAACUUGUCGCAAUAUGGGAGGGCACCUGGCCGACAUUAAGGACGAGGCAGAUCUGAACGCCAUCAAGGCGAAACUCCAGAGAGACACGCAUUACUGGCUGGGAAUCAACGACUUGAAGGCGAAGGGCGAAUUCUUGUCCAUGUCCACGGGCAAGUCGGCUCCCUUUCUGAAAUGGGGCUCGGAUAAACCCUCUCAGUUGGACACCUUCAACUGCGUGUUCCUAUACAAUGGGGAAAUGCACGAUUACCCAUGCCUAUAUAACUUCCAGUUCAUUUGCCAGACCGAGGAGUAAGAUUUAUGUGUAUCACUUAAAUAGAAAACACAUGAGAAUAAUAAAACCUUUGCUGAUGCCGUAA